GAACAAAUGAACCUCAACCUACAUAACCUCAAAAAAUCAAAAAGAUUUGGGUUUGAUAAAUUUGAAAAUAUUAAUUAUUAUUAUGAAAUGAGAAUGUGUAGUUGUAGUUAAGUUUCUACAUAAAUAUUCAUUACAUGGCUGUGUACUUCAGGGGUUUAAGAGUGCAAAGUUUCUUCAAUCUAGGUCUCCGAAAAUUGAACUUUAACAAAAGUAUAGAUUAUGUCCUAUCCAACUCCAAUGAGUCAGCCCAAUAUGUUGCCCAUAGAUGUAAACACAGACACCUAUACACUAGCACAGUGUGUUUUAAAAGAAGAAAAACUGCAGAGGAACGGAAAGCCCCAAGGAGAGUAAUAGAAUAUACAAAAUCAAAAGCCGAGAUAAUAGAUGUAUGGAAAGGCAUGACAUUAUUCGAACUAGCAAAAGUUUUAGAAAGCGAUGUCAGUUUUGUGAGGCAAUUAUUUUUAAAUGAAAUUAAAAAUCCAAACACUGCCAUUGAUGAUAUAAAAUAUUUGCAAAAUGGGGUUAGAAGGGCUGGAAAAAGGAUAAGACUUAUAGCCAAACCAACAAAUAAAGUAACGGAAGAAGAAAUAAAAGAAUUAAAACCUCGUCCGCCGCCUAAAAAGGAAGAUUUAAAACCGAGGCCUCCUGUAGUUACUGUUAUGGGCCAUGUAGAUCAUGGAAAAACAACUUUACUAGACGCUUUAAGGCACUCAAGUGUCGUCGAUAAAGAAUUUGGUGGAAUUACACAACAUAUUGGAGCAUUUUUAGUUACUUUACCAUCAGGUGCAGAAGUUACUUUUUUGGAUACUCCAGGACACGCAGCCUUCAGUUCUAUGAGAGCCAGAGGUGCCAAUGUAACAGAUAUUGUAGUACUAGUUGUAGCAGCUGAUGAUGGUGUAAUGGAACAAACUAUAGAAUCCGUCAGGAUGGCUAGAAAUGCUAAAGUUCCGAUUCUUGUGGCAAUUAAUAAAAUUGAUGCCCCAAAAGCUGAUAUAGAACGAACAGAAAAUAUGCUUCUAGAAAAUGGCAUUCAAGUAGAAAAAUUAGGUGGAGACGUCCAAGCAGUUCCAGUUUCAGCACUGAAAAAACAAAAUUUACAAAAACUCACUGAAGCUCUAGUUUUACAAGCUGAACUAUUGGAAAUAGGCGCUGACCCCACAGGGCCAGUAGAAGCAGUCAUUGUUGAAAGCAAUCUGGAUCCAUACAGAGGCAUAUUGACUACAAUGGUUGUGCAAAGAGGUACUUUGAAAAAAGGAGAUAUUUUGGUGGCUGGCACUUGCAUGGCAAAAGUAAGGUCACUGAAAGAUGCUGAUGGUAAAAGUUUGGACAAAGUUUCACCAGGUUAUCCUGUGGAAAUCGAUGGUUGGCGAGAUUUGCCUGCUGCUGGAGACAUUGUUUUGGAAGCUGAAAGCGAAAAAGAGGCUAGAUUGGUCAUAAAAUUUAGGGAAGCAGAGGCAGAAAAAAAGAAACAACUAGAAGAUUUAAAAAUAAUUGAACAAAAACAAGAAGUUCACAAAAGGAAUUACAAGGAACAUUUGAAGCAUAAAAGGUCACUUGGAAGGUAUAGAAUGAAACAGGAAGGCCCUAGGAAACCUGAAAUUGAUGAAGAUAAUGGUACUCCCUCAUUGAAUGUGAUCGUCCGAGCAGACGUAGAUGGUACACUGGAAGCAAUUUUAGAAACCCUAGACACCUAUGAAUCAGAAGAUGUUAGAUUAGAUAUUGUCAACUAUGGAGUCGGACCAGCCACUCAAACUGAUAUUGAACUAGCGAAAGCAUUUAAUUGCGUUAUAUAUGCAUUUAACGUACCUUUGCCCAGUAAUAUUAGGCCUUUGAUAGUGGAAAAUGGAGUGACUCUCAAAGAGCAUAAUGUUAUUUACAAGUUGAUUGAGGAUUUCAAGAACGAGAUCAAUAGCAGGUUGCCCAAAAAAGAAGUUGAAGAAAUCCUAGGCGAAGCAGAAGUCUUACAACAAUUUGAAAUCAAUAGAGGAAGAAAACGAGUACCAGUAGCAGGAUGUAGAUGUACACAAGGUUUGUUAAAAAGAGAGGCUUUAUUUAGAGUGCAAAGGAGUGGAGAAAUUAUUUAUGAAGGCUCUCUAUCAUCAAUGAGGCACUUAAAAAGCGAAACUGACAUAAUAAAAGCAGACACAGAAUGCGGCUUACAAUUGGCUGAUGAGGAGAUAACAUUCGAAAAGGGCGAUAAAAUUAUUUGCUUUGAAAAAAACAUGGUUACUCAGGAAACUGAUUGGGAUCCCGGAUUUUAGGAAUAACUCAUUUAUUGAAUUUUGAGAGUUUAUAUGAAUGUUUAUGAGCAUUAGUAUUUUGUAUAAGGACAAAUAUUGUUUAUUAAAUCAUUUUUUGAACAUUUCAAGAAA